AUGCAAAGGGGAAAGAAGAAGAAAAAAAUGGCAAAUUGGAAAGAAGUGCCUGAAGAUUUGCUUAUAGAAAUUCUUCUCAGGUUGUCUGUGAAAUCUUUGAUUCGAUUCAGAUGUGUUUCUAAAACUUGGAGAGAUCUCAUAAAGAGCACCAAGUUCUCUGCCAUGCAUUUUGAAUGUGACAAAGAUGAAAUAGUCCUCAUCUACAGAUAUGUGCAAAAAGAGAACCAACAUGUGAUCUCUUUGCAUUCAAAUGAUGAUUCACUUAGUCAAGUAUCAACAGAUGUGAGAAUUCCAUAUUUUGAUGCUCGGACAUAUCUGCAAAUUUUGGGUCCUUGCAAUGGUUUGAUUUGCAUUACUAACUAUGAAACCAUUGUACUGUGUAAUCCCGUGUUACAAGAAUUUUAUUUACUCCCCGAUCGUCCUUUUCCGUGCCCACAUGGUUUUAGACCAAUGGAAUUAGGGUUAGGGUUUGGCUUCGAUCCAUGUACUAAUGACUACAAAGUUUUUAGAAUGUCGGAAAUUGUAAAUGAGGAUGAUGAUGAGUACUGGAGUAUCGACUGCCUCAAAUAUGAGAUAUACAAUUUAAGUACCAAUUCCUGGAGAGAAAUUGAUGCUGCCGCGCCAAGAGUUUCGACUUUCCCUUGUUUUGAAUUGUUCUUUAAUGGAGCAUACUUUCCAGAAAGUUGUUUAGAGUUAGAUGGAAAACAUUCUAGUUUGGUGGUUUUAGAUGAGUGCCUUGCUAUGGUUCGUUAUCAAGCAUGGAUGAAAGAACCACACCUUAUUGACAUUUGGGUGAUGAAGGAAUAUGGUGUGAAGGAAUCUUGGAUCAAACAAUUUACAGUAGGGCCUAUUCUUGUUAUGUGCCCAUUAUCAUCUUGGAAGAACUAUACGCUUCUUAUGGAAAGCAGCAAUGGGCAAUUAGUCUCUUACGCACUUGACACCAAUAUAGUUAAAAAAUAUGAAAUUUACAGUGAUCGUAGGCAUUCACUGCUUGUCAUAAUAUUCAAGGAGAGCUUAGUUUCAACAAUAAGCACGUGA